AUGUCCGCUUUGAUUUAUUUAGAUAUAAAGUCAAUCGUUUCAAGCAUCUUUGGCCUUAACGUAAAAUUGCUUAGUUAUCGUUUUGAAAUAUUUUUAAAAACUACCACGGAACAUUUGGCAAAUGCAAGAAAUGGUCACCUUAGUUGUUAUCUGGCCGGGACUGACGUCUUAGUCUUCGAAGAUUUGCGCAGUCAAGGCUUCGAUUUAUGUCAGGAAUUUAGCUUUAAUGAGCAACUUAUCAGAUCAGCAUUGUCGACCUUGGCGCCAUUCCAUACAUCGGCUAUCAUCGCAGACAAACGACUUGGACAGUCGUUAGAAAAAGCUUUUAGCAAUGCUUCAAAGAAAAUAACUCGACUUAGUAUUGAUACAUUAGUGCUGAUUGCCAAAAGAUUCAAUGUGGAUAUAGCCCUAGUGACAAAAAUAGCUAAUUGUGCACACGAGAUGGCAAAGACUAAUACAACCGGAUUUAAUGUCAUUUUCCAUGGUGACUUAUGGAAAAACAAUCUAAUAUUCGACGACGCUCAAUCGCCUAAUUGUAUAUUAAUCGAUUAUCAAUUGUUACGAUACCACUCACCAAUCACGGAUAUUUGCAUGCUUCUUUAUUUGAACGCGAUACCGCAAUUCCCACGACAGUCAGAAAUGUAUUUGCUCAAGCACUAUUAUUCUGUAUUACGAAGCGUUAUUGAUGAAAACGAUUGCAAGUUAAAUAUUCCAACUUACGAUAGUAUCAUGAAAGAUUACCAGAAAUAUAGAUUAGUUGGCAUUCUAACAUAA